AUGUCUUCCAGCACUAAAUCUGAACUCAGUAAGUCCUUUUACUUACGAUUUUUUCGCUCUAAAUAUUGAGUUUGAUCUAAUAAAGUUUUUUUUAAAGUUAGCAUUAUUAUAGCCGUUUCUUUUAGCUGAAGACGAAUGGAAACCGAUUAUAAAUCCAAAGAAACGACGAGCUUGUACAGCAAAUGGUAAUGGAGAAUGGUAAGGAAUGAAUUUCACAGCUUAUUAUUGAGUUUUUGUUUUUAGUUUAUCAAUUCCGGGUACAUCGAAGCCAAAGCCUGAGGGUCGAUUUGCACACACAGUAAUGUCAUUGGAAAUGCUUGGAGAGUGAGUUUACCUUGUUUUUGUUAUGCUUUUUAAGUUUAGUGAGCACCUGGCGCCGUACAAUGAAGUAGAGUCGUCCAGCAACUUGUCCUACCACAACAAACCUUAUAAGGAUGAAUAUGAUCCGGUGAUGCCGAAUGUGAUAGAACAGGAGAUUGUGAUAGCUGACGAGUUUAUUGAUGUGGAAUCUGCUGCGUGAGUUUCAUUCUAAGGUUCAAUACAGCUUUGUUUUUAUAUCAAGUUUAAAUUUUCCGUACCCUAAAGCUGUUGAACAAUAUAAUUUUGAUGUUUCUGACAAAACCUUUGAGAAUUUUAGCAAAUCGCCGCCUAGAGAAGAUCAAGAAGAACAACAAGUGUCUCCAGUUCGACGAGUCGUGUCAAUUCAUCGUAACAGAGAGAUGCAGCAGAUCUAUAACUUGAACAAGCUGAAUCUUGACCUGAAGGUGGAAAAUCAAAGACUUCGUGAUGCGUAAGUUAAAUAUUAGUUUGUUUUAUGUAAAAAUGCUUUUAAGCUUCUCUACAAAUCAUUUUGAAGCUAAGAAGUAUCUUUUUCAGAAAUACAAGACUAAAAGGAGCUCUGGAUGAACGUGCGAUAAGGUUGAAGAACAUAUUGGCGGAGAACGCGCGAUAUUGUGUUAAACUAAAGCUGCUGGAAAAGGAGUUUGGUGUAGAUGCUGUUAAAGAUGUUAUUGGUAGUACAUAG